AUGAAUAAUUUGACUAAUUUAUCAAGAAAAGCUGAUGAAAUAGAUACACCUGGUCGUAUAUCAUUGAAUGAAUUUAAGCAUGCGUGUUUACGUUUACCUAAUUGGACAGAGAUUAAUGAAAAAAUUGUCAUGGAUAUGGCACAUUCAAUUGAUAUUAAUAAGGAUGGUUUAAUUGAUUUCAAUGAAUUUCUUGAAACAUUUCGAUUAGUUGAAUCAGAUCAUAAUCAUCAUGAAUCAUUGACUAAUCCACAAAUAGAUGAAUAA